AUGUCGAAUUCUAAGCAUUUUGCACUCCUGAUCGGCGUGGACUUUUACAUCAAGAAGCCCCUGAACAGCUGUGUUCGAGAUGUCAAUUUACUGGAGACAUACCUGAAAACUCUUCAGCAGGAUAAGAGGCUUGAGAAGUUGGAGAUUACCAGGCUGACCGCGAGCAAUCCGACACAUCAGGGUCCCAACCCACGCAAACCACCGGAGGGCGAUGAUACAGUACCCAACUUGCAGAACGUUAGAAAUCAUCUUGCCCGCAUCACAUCGGAAUCUACCAAAGAUGAUUAUGUCUUCGUUCACUUCUCUGGGCAUGGCACAGUUUUGCCCCAGGGUUCAUUGGCAUUUGUUCUUUUCGGAUGCGAAGACCAGAACGGACGGCUGCGGGACUGCCUCACAGGUGACGAAUUGGCGAAUUCUCUCAACAAGAUGGUGACGGAGGGUGUCAAAGUCCUCUUAGCUCUCGACUGUUGCUACUCGGGCAAGAUAUCCCGCCGAAAGUUGCCAGACCCAGAGCGAUACAUUCCCUUUGUCGGCGCCCCGGAUCCCGAGUAUGUCGAAAAAUCCCAAGAUCAUGCCCAUCUGGGUGCCACAUGUAGCGAUGCAACUGUCCGAGGCGCUUCGGCGCGUGAAAACUGGCUUAUGGAUCCCAAGGGCUACACAAUUAUUACGGCGUGCGGGCCAACACAAACCACGGGCGCCCUACGCUUCAAGGGCGGGAAACUCUAUGGAGCUCUUACUUACACCCUCUUCAAAUCGCUUGACAGGCUAAAGUCGCUGAACAUGAGUCACAUGGCCAUCUUCCAGUUCAUCUGCGCCAGGUUCAGAGCUAUGGAGUCUAAGCAGGUCCCUCAAAUGAAGGGGAGCGGCGACUUUUCAUUCUUUGGACAUUUGCAAGCCUCGGACGAUUCCUUUUUCCCCUUGGUCGUCUUCGAAAACGGGAAGAUCAUGAUCCAGGCAGGGGAGAUUAUGGGGGUUCAUGAGAACGACAAGCUAGUUCUGGUUCCUCUGAACAACUUCACUGAUGAAGUUUGUGGCAGCAAGUAUGUGCUUGCAACUGCCCAUGAUGUGGGCGGAGUGACAGCCAAUGUCAACCCCAUCAACCCUCGCUCAAAGAUCGAUGCUGGGUGGGUGGCCAGACCGCACAAACUAUGCCAGCAGGCUUCGACUACCACAGAUGAGGCAGCGAACCGAUCGAGUCACGGGGGAUACUUGCAAGAGAAUCCAGUGUUCCUACCCAGCCUAACAGAAGCCACGGCGCCUUUUAAAGCCAAAAUAAACGACCAGGGCGGAUUUGACAUACAAGAUAGUCAGGGGCAAAGAGUGGACUUUGAUGGACUCUCGCUACUACCGGCUCAUUCCCCAACCACUCGCCCUCAGAUCCUUCGUGUUCUGGCAUAUCUUGCAAGAUACCACGAGAUUAUCAAUAUGAAGCCGUCUACAGAAAAUGAGACACUUCGAGCCGACGUCGACGUCAAGAUAUGCAACGAGUCGGGGGCUCCGUUUCCAGAAACCAGAGUAAUUAGCGUGAAAAACGAAGAACAAAUUCGUCUGUCUAUUGUCAACAAUGGCGAGAAUCCGGUGUUUGUGCACAUUCUUUAUCUUUCAGGAGACUGGGAGAUUGAAAACCUUCUAGCAAACGAGAAUACGCGACUCUUCUCUGACAGCACCAUCACGGGCGAGCAAGAUAUCACUCAAAGGCAGAUCGAGUUGGUUGUGAGGAUGAUGAUCCCAGAACAAAAUAUCCUCCGUGGCAUUCACACCUGCGAUGAUAUUUUCAAGGUGUUCGUCACCACUCAGCCUGCACCAUUUGCGCACCUAUCUGCGGUUAGACCUCUGCUACGAGGGUCGCCGGCCGAAGUCGAAGACAGGUUACAAGACUCUUGGACAGCGUGGACGUUCCACAUUCAUACAGAACUAAAUCAGGCACUAUCUCUUUGA